CGAUCAGCAAGGAGCGACCGUUGUCUAGAGAAGCAUCCGACCAGUUGCCGUCCGCCAUAGCCGUGACCUCCAUUAAUUCCAGCGGAGUCCUUCUAGCUCCGGCAACUUGUCCACUCUGUUGUCGUGUUUCAGAAAUUACAGUUCAACUCCGAUGUGCACUCAGCAGGGAGAUCGAGCCGUCUGAGGACAGCAGCAGUCACGUUCCCUGUAUUCCAAAGGUCUCGAGUUUUGAGGCUUCCGAUCGUCUUGUCCGUUUUCUGAUUUCUCGAAGAUUCCCGAAGAUGGGUAACCUUUCGAAACCUCCUC